AUGAAAGAGAGAGGAGAAGUAUUAAAUCGAAUUGAUCAAAAGCUGAAGUAUCAAGUAGAAACGGAAAUAAGUUAUUGGAAAAAUGUAUUGACUAGAGUUGUAGCUGUUGUUAAAUCACUUUCUUCUCGUGGACUGUCCUUUAGAGGUGAUGAUGACCAUUUUAGAUCUGUUCAUAAUGGGAAAUUCAUGAUGAGCUUAGAGCUUAUUGCUCAAUUCGAUCCUUUUUUAGCACAGCAUAUUGAAAAGUUUGGCAAUAAAGGAAAAGGUUCAACAUCAUACCUAUCUUUUAAUAUAUAUGAGCAGUUCAUAAGUAUAAUGGCAGAUAAAGUUUUACAACAAAUGGUAAAAGAAAUAAAGGAAGCUAAAUAUUUUUCCAUCAGUAUUGAUUCUACUCCUGACAUUAGCCAUGUAGAUCAACUAUCAUUUAUUUUUCGGUAUGUUCAAAAUAAUGGCAGUCCGGUAGAAAGGUUUUUAGGGUUUUUACCCAAUUCUGGUCAUAAAUCUGAAGAAUUAGCAGAUGCUGUAUUUUUAGUUUUAGAAUCGCAUGAAUUAGAUAUAAACAACUGCCGUGGUCAAAAAUACGACAAUGUAUCUAACAUGUCUGGUAUGUAUACAGGACUUCAAGCUCGCAUCAAAGAAGUUAAUCCUUUAGCUACAUUUGUACCAUGCUCGGCACACAGUUUAAAUCUUGUUGGUGAAUACGCUGUAGACUGUUGUAGAAAUGCUUCUGAAUUUUUUAAUCUGCUUCAAAAUAUCUAUAAAUUUUUCAGUUUUUCUACACAUAGAUGGGAAAUACUUCAGAACAAUUUAACUAAAACAGAAAAUGUAUCACUUAAAAAACUAUCAGAUACCAGGUGGUCAGCAAGAUCUGAUGCAAGUAUUAGUUUAAACAAAAAUUGGAAUGAAAUAAUUAAUGCACUGUCUUUUAUAAAAAAUGAUAAAUCACAAAAAUCAAUCACAAAAUCAGAAGCUAAUGGACUAUAUUUAAAAUUAGACUGUCUUGAAACAGCUAUUAUGACCACAUUAUGGGGUGAUAUACUAGAAAGAUUCAACAAAACUAGUAAACAGUUGCAGUCAGUUGAGAUUGAUUUAGAAACAGUGAGAGAGCAAUUAAUAAAUCCGGACACAAAACAUAUCAAAAAAUACGCAAAAGAAAAAGAAAAUUAA